GAGAUGUGUGGAGGAGAAACCCAACUUGAAUCAACUGCUGGCAGUUUCCCCCACUGAUAAGCUUCAGACCUACUUUAUCCACGAGGAGUCUUACCAGAUAUGAUCCUUUCCUGCCUGCUAGCCUACCCAUGACUGUCAUCUCUGAGUAGUAUCUCUGGAUCCCAGCUUGAGAGGAGCUUGAGCUCUGAGUCUCCCCUCUACCAGCAGGGAACUUGUUGACAUCAUACUGGGCCUGAAUGCCAGGCGUGGACGGGGAUGCUGCUCCUGGGCACCUGCCUGCUGUACUGUGCCCGUGUCACCAUGCCCGUCUGUACGGUUGCCAUGAGCCAGGACUUUGGCUGGAACAAGAAGGAGGCUGGCUUGAAGGGGAACGUUACCAUCAUGUGACACAGUGCGGUCAGUCCCGCCCUUUCACACAGGAGAGGAGGGGCAGCAUCGGAGGCGAGAAGGUCAUCUUGCUGUCAGCCUCCGCCUGGGGCUUCAUCACUCUCGCCACACCACUGCUUUCCCGCCUUGGCAGUGGCCACCUGGCCUUCAUGACAUUCUCUCGAAUCCUCACAGGGCUGCUCCAAGGUGUCUACUUUCCAGCCCUGACCAGUCUGCUGUCCCAGAGGGUGCAGGAGAGCGAGAGAGCCUUUACCUACAGCACUGUGGGUGCUGGCUCCCAGGUCGGGACCCUGGUGACUGGGGGUGUAGGCUCCGUGCUCCUGGACCUGUGUGGCUGGCCGAGUGUCUUCUACUUCUCAGGCGGCCUCACCUUGCUCUGGGCGUACUACGUGUACACGUACCUGCUGAAUGAGAAAGACCUUGUCCAGGCCUUGGGUGCCCUGGCACAAGGCCUACCUGUGACCAGGCCCUCCAAAGUGCCCUGGAGACAACUCUUCCGGAAAGCCUCUGUCUGGGCAGCAAUUUGCUCCCAGUUGUCCUCGGCAUGUUCCUUCUUCAUUCUACUCUCGUGGCUGCCCACCUUCUUCAAGGAGACCUUCCCCAACUCCAAGGGCUGGGUCUUCAAUGUAGUCCCCUGGCUGCUGGCAAUUCCUGCCAGUCUAUUCAGUGGGUUCAUUUCUGACCGCCUCAUCAAUCAGGGUUACAGAGUCAUCACGGUGCGUAAGUUCAUGCAGGUCAUGGGCCUUGGUCUGUCAAGCAUUUUUGCUCUGUGUCUGGGCCACACCACAAGCUUCCUCAAGGCUAUGAUCUUUGCAUCAGCUUCCAUCGGCUUCCAGACCUUCAACCACAGUGGUAUUUCAGUCAACAUUCAGGACCUGGCCCCAUCCUGUGCUGGCUUCCUGUUUGGUGUUGCCAACACUGCAGGGGCUUUGGCAGGUGUGGUAGGCGUGUGUCUGGGUGGCUAUCUGAUCGAGACCACUGGCUCCUGGACCUGCGUGUUCCACCUGGUGGCCAUCAUCAGCAACCUGGGACUGUGCACCUUUCUGGUGUUUGGGAAGGCGCAGAGGGUGGACCUGGUCCCCACUCAUGAGGACCUCUAGCUCCCUGACGAUCCAGUCCCACCAAGGACCUGAUGUCAGCAGACUAAGGAUAGCAACUCUGUCAGUGAAACUCUGUGAAUUCCACCUCAGGCAUAUGAACAGACAAGAAGACCACAGUCUCCUGGGGAAUCCAAAUGGGCUGGAGAGAGGUGGAGAGAUAGGUAGGCCUGAGUAUACACAGGCCUGUGUCAGGAGGAGGGUCAGCUCCACAUCUGCUUGCCAGUCCUUCCCUCUCUCAGGUUCAGUGGGACUGCCAAUAUCAUGGAAGCCACAUUACUGAUGGGAGGUCUCUCCAGCCCCAGUCAAUGAGGGUUGUUUCUCUGACAAGAUUUCUCUGUGUUAGGGAUUCAGCAUUGUGUGCUGGUAGAUGUUUGGGAGCUGUUCUGACCCCCACCUACUCCAGACAUCUUUCUGCCUCUGUCUCUCCAGUAAUGAUAACCUAAGAUGUCUGUAGACAUUAGACCAUGUCUCCGUAAGACAGGCCCCCUAGAACCACCAUUCAAAGCCAUAGAGAAGCCAUGGUUUCUGCUUCUCUCCAGAUGCCAGGCUGCUACUCCAGCUGGGCCAGUGUGUAAGCUAGAGGUCCUUGCCUGCCUCUGCAGACCCCAGUUCCCGUCCUGUGGAUCUCUCAGCACUACUGAUGUGUCCUGGGUUGGCAGAUUCCUGGCAGUCCAGACAUCACAGAUCCCAGAACAAGGUGGCCCCUCCCCCACUUCUGGCCUUGUUUUUCUACCUCCCCCGCCCCCCUAUUCCUAGUAGAGCUUGUGGUUUCAUGAGCUGAUAAUGAAUUCUCCAAGAUACUUAUUAGAUUUUCUUAAUAAAUAUGGUGAGUCUCACCAGAGCCUUAUUUAAGUGAAAACUAUUAAACUAUUUAAAAUAA